CACUCUCAAGCAUCCCACAGCAACUCCAAAACAGUCUCAAUCUCCAACAAUCGACUUCUUUUUCAAGAAAUCUUCUUCAAACCCCAAUCAAUCAAAAUGAAGUUCUCCAUUGCCGCCGCUGUUUUGGCCCUUGCCACCGCUGUUGUUGCCCACCCCGGCACCGGCUACUCCCCAGAGCAGGAGAGGAACUUCCGUGCCAACUUCCAGAAGUUCGUCACUGCCUGCGGUAACAACAACCAGGUCUCCUGCUGCAACGAGGACAUCAAGAAGGUCGGCUCUCAGAGCUCCGGUGGUCUCCUCGGAGUCCUCGACAACCUCGACCUCAGCGACUUCUCCCUCCUCAAGGGAUGCUCCAAGCUUGACGUUGCCGCAGUCAUCGGAGUCCAGGACCUCCUCAACUCCAACUGCAAGACCCAGGUCUCUUGCUGCAAGUCCGGUGACACCAACCAGGCUGGUCUCAUCAACGCCAACGUUGGCCUCGAAUGUGCUGUCCAGAACGUCCUCUAAAUGCUUUUCCUUCGGAGAGCUAUUGGGCAUUGGAAAAUGCCCUCUCGGCAUCGAUGGUCUUGAAUCUGAACAUGGUUCAGCCUACAUCGACCGGCAUUCAUCUUGGUGGUUUCUUUUACAGGCCAAUGCUGCCGCAUCUCUUCUUACUGUUCCUUUUGUCCUGGAAGGGUUGAGAUCCGGGAUAGAACUUCCACCUUCACUGUCUGUUGGUUUUUCUGUUAUUAGAUAAUAAUACUCUUAGUACUUAAUAU